CCCAUGCACACUAGCAACUAUUUUUGUCUCAAGACUGUUGAGCUAGGAGGGCAGAAUGACAUGCAACCAGAGACACAACAGUUUAGACUGUUCAAGUCACUGUUAACGAUAACGGUAUUUUUUAUAAUGAUGUUCGGAUCUUAGCCCUACAUCUGAAAAACAGUUAGCCAACUGUAAUAACGGGAUCAGGAUUUCAUUCAGGCCUAUCUGUAAUUCAACCAUUCAUAAGGCAAUAGUUAGCCAACAACACCCAGAGCACUUCUCCAGAUGAGUCUGCUGAAGACAUAUUCUGACGGGAUGCUGAAACAAUCUCCUUCUUCACGUCCUGUGUUUCUCAGUGAUGGGGAUCUGACAGAGAUUCAGCUGCACUCAGUCGAAUCUAUAAAUGACUUGCACAGAAACCACUCUGAGCAACCUCAAAAAGCAGCGUCAGGAGGCAGACCACCCCUACUCCCCUUUGCUCUUCCCUCCAACGGGAAUGUGUCAACCUCGGUUCUCAGACCUUCUGCUCGUCAAACAAAUCAGCCCCCCAAUGAGGCUCAGAAGUAUUACCCGCGAAUCCUCAUAUACGCCAGCCUCAGCCUCCUCCUCAUCACCCUCGCUGUCAUCCUCUUUGUCGUAGUCAAGCAGGCGAGUACAGUGAGCUCCCUUUCUGAGGUGCUGCUGCAGCAUCUGGGCCAGUUUCAGGAGGUGUCCCAGCUCAAACACAAACUGCAGCUCCUGGAGAGGAACCUCAGCACCACAGGACACUGAUACCAUACUCUGGCAAUCUCCUCUCCAACCACACAAGACCACACAGUCUGCAGUACAACCUGCCCACCAGCUCAGUCUACCAUACUCACAACACUAUUCAAUCUCUGUAACCUGCCCCCCAGCUCAGUCUACCAUAUUCACAACACUGUUCAAUCUCUGUAACCUGCCCCCCAACUCAGUCUACCAUACUCACAACACUGUUCAAUCUCUGUAACCUGCCCUCCAGCUCAGUCUACCAUAUUCACAACACUGUUCAAUCUCUGUGUAGACAUCUGAUGAUCAUUACCGCCUUAGGCCGGGGUGGAAGAUUUGUGCCUAACUGUACACUGGUGUGUGUGUGUGUUUUGUGCCUAACUGUACACUGGUGUGUGUGUGCGUUUUGUGCCUAACUGUACACUGGUGUGUGUGUGCGUUUUCUAACUACUAGGACCAUGCUCUCUCUUGGAGCUACUUUUGCAUUCAUGUUAUACAGUGACUUGUGGUGUCCCUUUGAUAAUAAACUGUAGAAAAUA